ACUAUAUAAAACUCCACAGUCGUACAACGAGGCGAUCCCGUGAGCUUCAAGGAGUGACGUGGGAGACAGAUAAGGCGGGAUCAGCAGUUCACUAUUUGUCAGCUGGAAAAAGAAGAUGGAGUUGAAACUGGUUUGCGUGUUUUUAGCUAUUGUUGGCUGUAGCCAGGCACAGCAGUACACACAGAUAUGGAACGACAUGUUGAACGGCAACUCUCCUCCCCUCACGACGACGCUGGUUGGGUUGUUUUUUCGAAACAUGAUGCGACCACAGCCUGGCGCAACGACACCGACAGCCACGUCCCGAAACGACUUCAAGUUCUACUGGAUCAACGCCUACCUCGACACUGAGAAGAUCGCCGACGGUCUCUUCUCCUACUUCGACGGCGUCAGGGAUGAGGUUAUCACCGAGGGGGAUAUCCUUCCGAUGAUGAAUAUUGCUGACACUGAUGGGAGCGGAACCAUCUCCAGGGCAGAAUUCAACACUUAUAUGGACUUGGCAUAUGCUUACGCCGGUAACCAGCGUCUGUUGCCCAGUGGGGUCGUCCACCACAACACCCAUCCAAACGUCCACGCCCACAACGUCCACGUCCCGAAUGGACGGCCCUUCCUUGUCGUGGGAUGAAAGUAGCUCGUUCGAUGUCUUCCAUUAAACAGUUGCCCCGUU